GUGUCGGUGUCCGAGCUUCCGAAGGUAGAGGCACUCGGCGUAGAGUUGCGCCAGACUUCUGGAAUCGCAGCUCCUGUCAAUGUCCAGACUGGGGAGCUUAGCGGCGAACCGUUUCGGAUUCGCCAUGAGCUUGGGCCCGACAGGCAGAAGAACAUCGAGACUAUCACAGGUACCUUGCAAAAGCUCAGAAAGCACUUUGGCUGGAACAAGGUCAUCGGCUGCUCUUUCACAAAGGCACUGAUGGAGAACAUGACCGAGGAUGAUGAUGGGGAUUAUCAGACUCGCCGAGAAAAAGUUCAAGACCUGCUGCGCAAGAGCUUGACAAAAAGGGGGCAAGUGGCCUUCUUCCAUGCAGAAAUCCAUACGGUUGGAGCAGGAUACCAUGAACUAGUCUGGGGCGACAGCCGAUCCAAGGAGGUUUGGCGUCACAAGACUGUCCUUGUCUGCACUCUGGGCAGAAACAUUGGUGCAGUGCUGUUCAACAACGGCCGCAGGGUGCGGAAUUCACCGCUCAACGAACUCUACACGUCGAGCCGCCAGGCAAGCUUGCCCAGUGAUGCGGGCGAGUACAAGUUUCUGCCUCCCACACCAGGAUCCGAGUCGUUCGAUGAGUGGACGUCACUUUUGGAUGACCAUCUCGCGGAAAUUACGGAAGCGGUUCCAACAGGAUUCGAUCGCCUCGUGCUUGUACCGACAGGGAGGAUUGCGAGCACUGACAGAUGCAUUGCUCAGGCGCUGACGGAAUCUACGCAGCUUUUGAAGACGAAAGACAUUGCAGCUCAGAGGGGAGCGGACAUGCUUGUGGUCGCGCCGGAGGAGGAAGUCGGUAUAGUGCGUGGCAUGGCGUUGGCUGCUAUCUUUGAACUACAGAUCAGCCAGGCAAGGCGAGCAUUGGAUGGCGUCCUAAAUGACUCCAAGAUCUUGCAGCACCUCUCUAAAGUGCAGCUCCAGGCCAUUUUCGACCAAAUGGACGUUGAUGGGGAUGGCCGGCUCCAGCCUGACGAACUCUGUCGCGCCCUGGCUCUUCUGGGCCUUGAACGCGAGUUGGACAAGUUAGUGGAGGAGCUGGACUCCACUCAUGACGGCGAAGUGUCGUUUGCGGAGUUCUUGGCUUGGUGGCGCAAGCAUGUCAUGGAGGCUAGGUGUGUCGUGACCACCAGUGCGAAAGCUUGGAAAAGUAUCAUCACCAACGUUAAUCCACCUCUAAAUCUUGGUACGCUGGUACUCCUUAAGGUGACCUUCACCUUCUGCAGGAGCUGCCGUGCCUUCGAGCCAAAGUGGCGGAGGUACUCCGAGGAGUUCCGAGACAUUCGCUUCGUAGAGCUCGUGGGCAAUGGCACUGUGGGGGCAAUGGAGUUUUGCACGAAGGAAUUGGGCGUCAAGGUGUCCCCGGCCUUCUUCAUGUUUCGACGUGGAGAGUCCGGUGGAGAGCUCAUUGAGCAGUGGACCGGGGCAAACACGGAGCGCUUUGAGAGCCAUGUGCGGGGUUGUCUGGAACGAGAGCAAGCAAGAGUUGCUCAGGGAGCGUGA